AUGGCGAUUCCGCAGCUCGUGUUCGCGCUGCUGCUGCUGACCAUCGUCGGCACCAACGUGGUCAACCUCAUCCUGGUCAUCGCGCUGCUCUACUCGCCGCUCGUAUUCCGGCUCGCCCGGGCGGUGGCCGGCAACAUCGUUGUGAUGGACUACAUCGAGGCUGCGCGGCUGCGCGGCGAGAAGACCUGGUACCUGAUCGUCAGCGAGAUCCUGCCGAACGCGACGGCACCGCUGGUGGCGGAGUUCGGGCUGCGGUUCUGCUUCGUGUUCCUGGCCAUCUCGGCGCUGUCCUUCCUCGGCCUCGGCAUCCAGCCGCCGACCGCGGACUGGGGCUCGAUGGUGCGCGAGAACGCGACCCUCAUCUCGUUCGGCGAGGUGACCCCGCUGAUCCCGGCCGCGGCGAUCGCGCUGCUGACGGUGGCCGUCAACCUGGUGGUGGACUGGAUGCUCCAGCUCUCCUCCGGUCUGAAGGAGUGA